AUGUCCGGACCAUACCUUCACGGCCACCAUGCCUCUGUCCUCCGCUCUCACAGUUGGCGCACCGUAGAAAACUCCUGUCCUCAUCUCCUGCCUUACCUCAACAACCCCUCACUGAAGAUACUCGAUGUUGGGUGCGGCCCUGGUACCAUCAGCGUUGAUAUCGCUGCUCGAGUUCCACAAGGUUUCGUCUACGCAAUCGAUCCCUCCGCCGAUGUCAUUGAAAAAGCCCGAAAGCACGCAGGGGAAAAAGGAAUAAAAAAUAUACGCUUCGAAGUUGGUGACAUUUUCGAAUGGAACAAGCUCGAGGGUGUAGAAGAGCAUGGCUUUGAUGUCGUACACGCGCACCAAGUGCUGCAGCAUCUUCAAGACCCACUAGGCGCGAUGAAGGAAAUGAAACAACUAGCCAAGGCCGGCGGCAUCCUUGCCAUCCGAGACUGUAACUACGGCGCCAUGGACUGGUAUCCGGAUCACCCCAUGCUGCACAAGUGGAAGGAGCUCUACAUCAAGGUUGCGCUGGGACUCAAGGCUCAUCCAAACAUUGGCAAGCAACUACAUGCAAUAGCGAUGGAGGCUGGCUUCCCAAGAAGCGAUAUCGAGGCUAGUGUGGCUGCUUGGACAUUUAGCACGCCAGAAGAGAGGGAGUUCUGGUGCGGCCUCUGGGCUGAUAGAACGGUGCAAAGCGACUACAAAAAGAGGGCGUUGGAUAGUGGGCAUGCGACGGAACAAGACCUGGAGGAGAUCUCCGCGGCCUUCAGAGAGAUGGAGAAGAAAGAAGACGGUUGGCUUGUUGUUAUCAACGGACAGAUCAUCUGUCACGUUAGGUAA